AUGGCAGGGACCAAGGCCUGCAUGUUCUUCCUUCUAGUUUUGGAGAUCACCUCAGCACUGGGGAGGCAGAUGAUGCUCACCCAGUCAGUAAGAAGAGUCCAGCCUGGGAAGAGGACCUCAGGUGUCUUUGCCAAGCCUGCUAACCUCCUGGACAGUCCUGGGGAGUGGACGACCUGGUUCAACAUUGACCACCCGGGUGGGCAGGGUGACUACGAACGGCUGGAUGCCAUUCAGUUCUACUAUGGGGACCGGGUGUGUGCUCGGCCCCUGCGGCUAGAGGCUCGAACCACCAGCUGGACACCUGCAGGCAGCACUGGCCAAGUGGUCCAUGGCAGCCCCCUUGAGGGCUUCUGGUGCCUCAACAGGGAGCAGCGACCCGGCCAGAACUGCUCUAAUUACACUGUGCGCUUCCUCUGCCCUCCAGGAUCCUUGCGCCGAGACACGGAGCGCAGCCUCUGGAGUCCGUGGUCUCCCUGGAGCAAGUGUUCUGCUGCUUGUGGUCACCCUGGGGUCCAGACCCGGUCACGCACCUGCUUGGCGGAGACGGUGUCGCUGUGCAGUGAGGCCACGGAGGAGGGCCGGCAUUGCAUGGAACAGGCCUGUUCAGCGUGUGACCUUACCUGCCCCAUGGGCAAGCCGAAUGCUGAGUGUGACGCGUGCAUGUGUCAGGACUUCGUGCUCUAUGGGGCUGUCUCCCUCCCUGGGGGUGCCCCAGCCUCAGGGGCUGCUGUCUACCUCCUGAGCAAGACACCUAAGCUACUGACCCAGACGGACAGCAGUGGGAGGUUCCGAGUCCCUGGGUUGUGCCCCGACGGCAAAAGCAUCCUGAAGAUCACAAAGACCAAGUUUGUGCCUAUCCACCUCACGGUGCCUAAGACUAGACUGAAGGCAGCCACCAUCAGGGCGGAGCUCGUGAGGGCAGAAACGCCGUACAUUGUGAUGAACCCUGAGACGAAAGCGCGAAGAGCUGGGCAGAGCGUGUCCCUAUGCUGUAAGGCCACAGGGAAGCCCAAACCAGACAAGUAUUUCUGGUACCAUAACAACACACUGUUGGACCCCUACCUCUACAAGCAUGACAGCAAACUGGUGCUGAGGAAUCUGCAGCGGGACCAGACCGGGGAGUACUUCUGCAAGGCCCAGAGCGAUGCUGGGGCUGCAAAGUCCCGCAUCGCCCAGCUGACUGUCAUAGCCCCUGAUGAGAUUCCUUGCAACCCAACCCCUGAGAGCUACCUUAUCCGGCUGCCCCAUGACUGUUUCCAGAAUGCCACCAACUCCUUCUACUAUGAUGUGGGUCGUUGCCCUGUCAAGACCUGUGCAGGGCAGCAGGAUAAUGGGAUCAGGUGCCGAGAUGCUGUGGAGCACUGCUGUGGGAUCUCCAAAACAGAGGAGAGGGAGAUCCAGUGUAGCGGGUACACGCUGCCCACCAAGGUGGCCACCAAGUGCAGCUGCCAGCGGUGUACGGAGACUCGGAGAAUCGUGCGGGGCCGAGUCAGCGCAGCCGACAACGGGGAACCCCUGCGCUUCGGCCACGUGUACAUGGGGAACACUCGUGUGAGCAUGACGGGCUACAAGGGCACGUUCACUCUCCACGUCCCUCAGGACACAGAGAGGCUGGUGCUCACAUUUGUGGACAGGAUGCAGAAGUUCGUCAACACCACCAAAGUGCUGCCCUUCAAUAAGAAGGGGAGUGCUGUGUUCCAUGAGAUCAAGAUGCUUCGGCGGAAAGAGCCCAUCACCUUGGAGGCCACGGAGACCAACAUUAUCCCCUUGGGGGACAUGGCUGGUGAAGACCCUGUGGCUGAGCUGGAGAUCCCAUCCAAGAGUUUCUACCGGCAGAACGGGGAGCCCUACCUGGGAAAAGUAAAGGCCAGUGUGACCUUCCUGGAUCCCCGGAAUAUUUCCACAGCUACUGCUGCCCAGAGUGACCUGAACUUCAUCAAUGAUGAAGGAGACACUUUCCCUCUUCGGACAUAUGGCAUGUUCUCUGUGGACUUUAGAGAUGAAGCCACCUCAGAGUCCCUUAAUGUUGGCAAGGUGAAGGUUCAUCUUGACUCAACCCAGGUCAAGAUGCCAGAGCAUGUGUCCAUGAUGAAACUCUGGUCACUCAACCCAGACACAGGGCUGUGGGAGGAGGAAGGUGACUUCAAACCUGAAAGCCAAAGGCGGAACAGAAGGGAAGACAGGACCUUCCUGGUGGGCAACAUGGAGAUCCGUGAGAGGAGGCUUUUUAACCUGGAUGUCCCGGAAAGCAGGAGGUGCUUCAUCAAGGUGAGGGCCUACCGGAGUGAGAGGUUCUUGCCCAGUGAGCAGAUCCAGGGGGUCGUGGUCUCUGUGAUCAACCUGGAGCCCAGGACUGGCUUCUCCUCCAACCCCAGGGCCUGGGGCCGCUUUGACAGUGUCCUCACGGGCCCCAAUGGGGCCUGCCUGCCUGCCUUCUGUGACGACCAGUCCCCCGAUGCUUACUCUGCCUACGUCUUGGCCAGCCUGGCCGGGGAAGAACUGGAAGCAGUGGAGUCUUCUCCCAAAUUCAACCCAAAUGCAAUCGGUGUCCCUCAGCCCUACCUCAACAAGCUCAAGUACCGCCGGACAGACCACGAGGACCCACGGGUCAAGAAGACGGCUUUCCAGAUCAGCAUGGCCAAGCCAAGGCCCAACUCGGCUGAGGAGGGCAAUGGGCCCAUCUAUGCAUUUGAGAACCUCCAGGCAUGUGAGGAUGCACCACCCAGUGCGGCCCAUUUCCGGUUCUACCAGAUCGAGGGGGAUCGGUACGACUACAACACAGUCCCUUUCAACGACGACGACCCCAUGAGCUGGACUGAAGACUACUUGGCCUGGUGGCCCAAGCCAAUGGAGUUCAGGGCUUGCUACAUCAAGGUGAGGAUUGUGGGGCUGCCGGAGAUAAACGUGCGGUCCCGUAACAUGGGGGGCACCCACCGGCGGACAGUGGGGAAGCUGUAUGGAAUCCGGGAUGUGAGGAGCACACGGGACAGGGACCAGCCCAACGUCUCCUCUGCCUGCUUGGAGUUCAAGUGCAGCGGGAUGCUCUACGACCAGGACCGUGUGGACCGCACGCUGGUGAAGGUCAUCCCCCAGGGCAGCUGCCAACGAGCCAGUGUAAACUCUAUGCUGCAUGAGUACCUGGUCAACCACCUACCGCUGGCGGUCAACAACGACACCAGCGCAUACACCAUGCUGGCGCCCUUGGACCCACUGGGCCACAACUAUGGCAUCUACACUGUCACUGACCAGGACCCUCGCACGGCCAAGGAGAUUGCGCUCGGCCGGUGCUUUGAUGGCACAUCCGAUGGCUCCUCCAGAGUCAUGAAGGCCAAUGUGGGAGUGGCCCUCACCUUUAACUGCGUAGAGAGGCAGGUGGGCCGUCAGAGUGCCUUCCAGUACCUCCAGAGCACCCCGGCCCAGCCCUCCCCUGCAAGCAGUAUCAGGGGAAGAGUGCCCUCAAGGAGGCAGCGGGCAAGCCAGGGUAGCCAGCGUGGAGGGGUGGCCUCUCUGAGGUUUCCUGGGGCUGCUCAGCAGCCUCUGAGCGACUGA